GUUCUAUUUGCGCGACGCUGCCCGUUCUUCUUCUUCUUGUCGCUGGAUCACAUCGGCCCUUCUUGCGCGUUGUAUCGGAGCGAAAGGACCCAUCGGGAGAGGGGGCGCAGGCGCAACCUUGCAUCACUUCGAUUCUUCUUCUCUUGUAGGGACUGCACCGCCGUCAAAGCGUCGUCAACGACGUGCUGGUUACCACGCGAGGUUUUUUGCUCCCUCCGUUUGACGUCAAGCGCAAGACACUUCUGGCUAAAACAAGAAGAAAAUAAUUUGUUUUUAUUGCUGCUGAAUCCUGCCUCUCCUCUUCCAGAGACCAUGUCUGAGGCUGUGGCACGCGCAGAGCGAGAGCUGUACGCGUACAUCACCGCACUUCAAGAUGUCUUGCGAAUGACGACGGAGGACGCAAUUCCCGAGAGCUUGUGGGAAGGCGACACGGCCGCUUUCGGAGGCAGUAGCAGCGAAGCCCAAGAGGAGAUGCCGGAUACGCUGCUGCAACGUGUGGAGCGAGAGACGGAACUCGAGAGGCAUCGCAUCAACGACUUGGUGCGCCGGCGCCUCGUGCCGCAACAUGCUGCCCUCUGCGCUGCGAUUGUGCAAUUAGGUGGUGGCCAGGACGCCGCCGGCAACGUGGUCGACGUACCUGUCGAUACGCUGGAUCGAGAGAUUGCGGCUACCGCGGCGGAGAGCGCAGCGCUUGGCAAACGCAUGGUGGAGCUGUACGACGAGGCAGCUGUGGUGGCAACGCGUAUUGAGGCGGAGGUGAUGGGCACCGCCGUCCCCUCGCUGUAG